CCCUGGCGUGCAGUGCGGGCCUCGGCGGGGCCCAGCGCCCCGGCCCGGGAGGAUGCGGCCCGGGGCGGCCCGGGAGCUGAGCAGGGCCCCCGCGCCGGCCCCCGCGGGCCCGGGCUUCCAGAGCCGCAGCCGCCGCCCCGCCCCCGGGAGACAUGACUUCCAAGCCGCAUUCCGACUGGAUUCCCUACAGUGUCUUAGAUGAUGAGGGCAGCAACCUGAGGCAGCAGAAGCUGGACCGGCAGCGGGCCCUGCUGGAGCAGAAGCAGAAGAAGAAGCGUCAAGAGCCCCUGAUGGUGCAGGCCAAUGCGGAUGGGCGGCCCCGGAGCCGGCGGGCCCGGCAGUCGGAGGAGCAGGCCCCCCUGGUGGAGUCCUACCUCAGCAGCAGCGGCAGCACCAGCUACCAAGUUCAAGAGGCCGACUCGCUUACCAGUGCACAGCUGGGAGCUGCCCGCCCAACAGCACCAGCCUCAGCCAAGAGAACCAAGGCAGCAGCGGCAACGGGGGGCCAGGGCGGGGCCUCCAGGAAGGAGAAAAAGGGGAAGCACAAAGGCACCAGCGGGCCAGCAGUACUGGCGGAAGAGAAGUCUGAGGCCCCAGGCCCGGUGCAGAUCCUGACUGUGGGCCGGUCGGACCACGCCCAGGACGCCGGGGAGACGGCAGCCGGUGGGGGCGCGCAGCCCAGCGGGCAGGACCUCCGCGCCACGAUGCAGAGGAAGGGUGUCUCUAGCAGCAUGAGCUUCGAAGAGGAAGAGGAAGAGGAGGAUGAAAAUAGCUCCAGCUCCUCCCAGCUAAACAGCAACACCCGCCCCAGCUCGGCUACCAGCAGGAAGUCCACCAGGGAGGCAGCCUCGGCCCCAAGCCCGACAGCCCCAGAACCCUCAGCAGAUGUUGAGGUCCAGGAUCUCGAGGAGUUUGCACUGAGGCCGGCCCCCCAAGGUAUCACCAUCAAGUGCCGCAUUACGCGGGACAAGAAGGGGAUGGACCGGGGGAUGUACCCCACCUACUUCUUGCACCUGGACCGCGAGGAUGGGAAGAAGGUGUUCCUCUUGGCGGGAAGGAAGAGAAAGAAGAGUAAAACUUCCAAUUACCUCAUCUCUGUGGACCCAACAGACUUGUCUCGAGGAGGGGACAGCUACAUCGGGAAACUGCGGUCCAACCUCAUGGGCACUAAGUUCACUGUUUAUGACAAUGGAGUCAAUCCUCAGAAGGCAUCAUCCUCGACUUUGGAAAGUGGAACCUUGCGUCAGGAGUUGGCAGCUGUGUGCUACGAGACAAACGUCUUGGGCUUCAAGGGGCCGCGGAAGAUGAGCGUGAUUGUCCCAGGCAUGAACAUGGUUCACGAGAGAGUCUCUAUCCGGCCCCGAAACGAGCAUGAGACGCUGCUGGCCCGCUGGCAGAACAAGAACACGGAGAGCAUCAUCGAGCUGCAGAACAAGACCCCGGUCUGGAACGACGACACGCAGUCCUAUGUACUCAACUUCCACGGGCGCGUCACGCAGGCCUCCGUGAAGAACUUCCAGAUCAUCCACGGCAAUGACCCGGACUACAUCGUGAUGCAGUUUGGCCGUGUAGCAGAGGACGUGUUCACCAUGGAUUACAACUACCCACUGUGUGCGCUGCAGGCCUUUGCCAUCGCCCUGUCCAGCUUUGACAGCAAGCUGGCCUGCGAGUAGAGGGCUCCUUGGGCCCUUUGGGGUUGCCCAGCCUGGAGUGGAGCUGCCUGCCUGCAGAGACAGCCCUGCCUACCCUCUCUGUACAUAGGCCUCCUGCCAGAUGAACCUUCGGCUCUCAGUGGCUCCCUGGCCAAGGGAGAUCUGGCUCCUCUGCCUCCACUGCUGGGACAGAGGACGAGCUGGGGGAGGUGUGUGUGUGAAGGGACCAGAGUGCAUUCUUCCCAUGCCCCAAGGUCCGCACACACAUCCCCACUCUUGAGUUAGUAUCUUGCUGCGAUCAUGUUUGCCAAGCUGGGCAGGCUUUACACUGGGAAGGUGGGAAGUAUAGAGGGAGAGGAAGCACAACGCGGGGCUGCUGUGGCCCAGCCAUCUGCUCAGCCUAGGGGUCCGGGACGGUAGGGCCCCCACAGUGCAGGGCACGGUGUGCAUGUGUGUGUUGGGUACAUCAAUUUUACGUAGAAGGGCUAGGAUUAGCUAGCAGGUCCUUUGCUAACUACAGAAAGUCUUCUGAUUUCGGAAGGCCUCAGCCAGGCUAGGAGAAGUUACGGGGGUUUGGGAAAGGUAGAUGAGUGGCAAGACCUUGUCAGGACCGUGGGGGCCUGGCUCUGGCUAUGGGAAUUGGUCAGCAGCUGAGGGUUCCCACCCAUUUGAUUCUCUAGGUUUUCUCUGCACAGAGGGAGUUGAAGCCAGAGGUUUUAGAGGACAGGCCCCGCAGGACACAGGCUCAGCAUGCAGAACAGGCUCCUGGAACAGGUCCCCUGGACCAGGGCUAUGUCAGGAGUCCUGUCAGCUGCCUGAGGAGCUUUCUGCUGAGCGACUCCCACACAGUGCCCGAGUCACCAGCCUCAGAGUGCACCAGGUAGGCGUGCCUGGGCCUCUAGCUGGUAGAGCACCAUCCCUAGGACGUAGCAUGCUCCAGGAAGAAGUUCUAGCUCCUGGUGCUUCAGCACCCAGGGUGGUCAGUCUAGGUUGUGGCUGCUGAGGAUUUGUAUAUGUGGUUCUUCCAAGGUGGCAAUGGGGCAGGGUAAAGAAGAGCAGGGAAUAUUUUAGAAAGGAGAGGUGGCAGGAGCCUCACAGUCCAGUGUGUCCUGUUAGGUGAAGCACAUUGAGAAAACUGGGACUUGCACCGUGUCGCGUCACAUCACUGGUCAGGGGCAGAGUUCAGAACUUCCGCUCCCUCAAUUUCUUUGUUCCUCCCCUCCCCCUGGGAAACUACUCUCUGGUUCUCUGGCUUUCCUGGGACCUGGUCUGCAUGCCCUCCCCCUUUUGCCUGAUGACAGAGACUUAGAAAUGUUGGAGCUGAUGUAGGAAAUUGAAACCAUUUCGGUGGGAAAUGAGGUAGUUCCCUACUGAAAGCUUCUUGAGCAUCAGUUUGCUCAGAACUGCUCUGGGUGUGGCUUCUCCUCAAGGGCCGGCCUUCCCAAGGCUGUGGUCCCUUUCUCUAUUUGGGUGUGAUGGGUGAGGCGUAAGUGUUCCAGGGCUGGGCCUGACCUCUCCCGUCCAUCCUCUUCUUUGGGUGGCACCCUCUAACCCCAAAGAUGUAGGAACGCUAAGCCCUGGCUGGUCUGUCACUUACCCUGGCGGAGGCUCCUUGCCCAGACAGAGGUCAGAGAUCAGUGGGAGGCAAGCAGUUGUUCCUCCUUUCAGAGGAGAUAUACUUGGAAAGGCUGUGUGGAGACUUUUUCAAGUCUACCUUUAACAUUCUGUUGGGGCUCUGUAUUGAGGUGGAGUUGUUUUGAUCUAAGUAGAAGUCGUGUGUUCUCAUUUCCUUAUAUUUGAAGAUUUGCUGUGUUGAGUGCUUAAAGCAAGGAUCUUUAGGAUCUGUGCUUCUAAGCAUGGAUCUGGGAGAGGCCCCUCCACUGGUCUAGUCUCUGGACCACUCUUGGGGUCAUCUGAGGGCUCUAGACUUUCUUAUGCUGGGGCCAGUCCACUUCCCGGCGAGUGUGCCAUCCUCCUUCUCACAGCCCUAGGCUGGCUUGCUCUCUCUUCUGACUGGGAAGAGACCUGAAGUUUAGGAUGAUGGAAACUAGAUGUCUAAAGUCUGGGUCUAUAAUUUUAAAGUGGGACAGGCUGAUUUUAGAGCAUAGUGACAGGGAGGUAAUCCUGGGGCAGCAUGGAAAAGGUAGAAGCACAAUGGCAAACUUUUGGACCCUGCCCUCUGUUAAGUACGCAGGAGAGCAGGGCGGUUGGAUAGCUUGGUGGGGUCAGGAACAUGGGUUGAGCUUCCCGGCCUGGCUAUGGGGAAGGCAGCUCAGCAGCAAAACUCUGUUGGGCACUGAGUGACAGGCAAGAGCAGUUGAGUCACCUGCUCGACACCCAUCUUCACAAGGUCUGUUCUUCAGACCCCCUUCCUGGUGAUGCUGGUUUUGCCUGACCACUGGCCUCCUAGCCAUGGGCCCAAAGACUCAAAAAGCUGCCAGGGCCCCUGGAGACCACCUGGGCUCAGCCUCUCCCUGGGAAGAGCUCUUACCCUUCAUACCUUCUACCCAGAUGCUCCUUGAGUGGGCAGGGGACUGGAUGAUGGGAUGAGUAAGCCCUAACGGUGGCGGGCAGCUGGGGCCUGGGCAGCUCCUCUGUCACUGCCCCUGGGGCCACACUCCAAAACUCCACACCCUCUUUGCCCAAACGGCUCUUCUGUAGAGCAGUGAUGUUCACUUCCCCACUCUUCUCCAAUUCUAGCUUUUCUUUCCUUCUGGCUCCAAGGUGCUCUGUGUCUGUCUGUGUGUCUAUGUGUCUGUGUGUACUUGGGGAAAAGGGCAAUCUGCAAAUCACCAACUGAGGUUUCUUAUUACGAUCAUAUUUCUAAGGAUGAGUAGGAAAGGAAUAAGGAUGUUAUGAUCACCUGUGGAUUUUGUUCAUUUCAUGCUCUUUGAUCAGAAAGUAAACCUGGGAAAGUACCAGUUCUUUCUCCCAAGGGUUCUGAUUAGGAGGAUACCAUCCAAGAAAUUUUAGUUUUUCAGUUUCAUUUUGCAUUACUUGAAGAAAUUGGUGUGUUACACAUGCAUGCUUUUGGAUGGAUUUGAACAUACUCUAGUGAAUGUGCCUUAAAAAUCACGACACUAGUUCAAAAGGAGCAGGUAAAGGUCCAGAAUCCUGCUGGAGACAGGUGUGAGAAGCCAGAGAAUGUGAAAAUCACUAGCUGAAGAGAACCUUUGGAGCCUGUAUCCUUCAGUAACAAAAAGGGCAACAGCACUACAGAAGCAGAAGCUUGUCUGGAAAUGGAGCAUUUACCUCUAAGUAAGUCUGCAUUUAGAGGCCGUUCUAAAUCUAAUAAGCAAUGGUGAGGAUUUCAAACCUAGUAAGUGCACGCUUUCCUCACAGCGGGGUCUGCAGUGAGCGGAGAUGCUGGGCUGGCCAGGGCCAUGGCUCUGUUACGCAAGCACAAAUUCUGUCUCCUAGCUGGAGUCCCUAGUUUUCCCUUACCGCAGUAACACUGGCCUUCCCCCUCCCUAGGAUUCUUUGCCCCAGCUGAGACCUCAGGAUGCCAGGUGGCCCUCAGAGCACACUUUUCCAGAUAGCUGACUGAGUGCUGUGUUGUGGUGCCCAGUACUGAAACGUAGCCACCCCCAGGAACAGGCUGAGGGAUGGGCUCUUGUUUGAGUGUACUGGUUACCUGUCUUUCUGUACCUCCAGUUUGCAAUUUUGUCAUCUCAGGAUAUGGGGGGAGAGGCAUAGCAGAAGUGUUGGGAUAGAUUUAACUUUCUGACCAAGUUGAGAGGCAAGUUGUCUUAUAGAGAGCACUAUUGCACUUAGUAGCUAUGUGAUUCUGAGCAAACCACAUGAUUUUUCUAGGUUUUUUUCAUCUACAAACUUGAGGAGGUGGGGCUGUCAAAGCUUUCAGUAAGAAUCAGGGUGAAUGAAAAUUGAUCCUUGCUUUCAUCACUAUCUUUGGCUCAUCACUGUGCCUUUUUUUCUUUCCUAAGAAACACAUCACAUCUCUUUCUUCUGUCCUCCUGCUCCUUUCCCUUUCCCCAUCAAGGUCCAGGCAGAUUAGGCCAAGAUCCAGAGAUUCCUGGAGUGUAAUUUCGAGUUGCUUAGAAAGGGAAGCCUGACUCUGGCCUCUUUAAUCCUGCAGAGUUUCAAAGGGGACUUGGUCAGGGUGGGCGGCACUUCUCUUGCUGGGAGCAUCCAUUUAGCCAGUUUUCCUAACACCUAGAAUGUGUAUGUCCAUUUGCACAAGAUUGUCUUUUCCUAUUCUGGAGUGGUCAGACAUUUUAUUUUUGUUCAAAAUUAUCUGGAGUUUUAGACAAACUUGCAAAACUGUGCUUUUAUUAAGUGACUUUUUGAAUAAACUCUUUGGUAUUCUUGAGCAAAUGUAUUUAUUUACUGGUAUGUGCAAUGACAAAAUUGGUAUUUUCCCAUGUUGACAUUACGUAUGUUGUAGAAUUUAGUGUUUGUCUAAGUACAGACCAUAUAGCAACAAAUUAAACUUGAACUGUUUCAA